AUGCGCCCGAGUCGCAUUGCCGAGCUGCGCCAGGACACGGUCGACAUGUUCUAUCAUGGCUUUAAUAACUACAUGAACAUCGCCUUUCCCGAAGAUGAGUUACGGCCUGUGUCGUGUAUUCCCUUGACCCGCGAUCCAAUCAACCCAAGAAAUGUCGAGCUCAAUGACGUCCUCGGCAACUACUCCUUGACCCUCAUCGAUAGCCUUUCCACCCUCGCCAUCCUUGCAUCUGCGCCGCCCGACAGUAGAGACACCGGUCCAAAGGCAUUAAGGGACUUCCAAGAGGGCGUAGCCGCGUUGGUCGUGCAGUAUGGCGAUGGACGGCACGGCCCGACAGGUCAGGGGGCGCGAGGGCGAGGUUUCGAUGUUGACAGCAAGGUGCAGGUCUUCGAGACUGUGAUACGGGGUGUUGGUGGGCUGCUGAGCGCACACCUCUUCGCUGUCGGGGAACUGCCGAUCUCUGGGUACGAUCCGCAGAGAACCAACAUCGAUGUCGAGCAGCACCCAAUCGCCUGGCCCAAUGGCUUCAAAUACGAUGGCCAGCUGCUGCGGCUUGCCCUCGACCUGGCCCAGCGCUUGCUUCCGGCCUUUUACACACAGACCGGCAUGCCGUAUCCCCGGGUCAAUCUCCGUCACGGUAUACCCUUCUACCUGAAUUCGCCCUUGCAUAAUAACAUCAGCUUGGAUCCGGAUCAAGCCCAAGACACCGCCGAGAUCACGGAAACGUGUAGCGCCGGUGCUGGAAGCCUAGUCCUCGAGUUCACCGUGCUAAGUCGUCUCACGGGAGAUACGAGGUUCGAGCAAGCUGCCAAACGAGCUUUCUGGGCUGUCUGGUCUAGAAGAAGCAAUAUCGGACUCAUUGGUGCCGGUGUAGAUGCCGAGGCAGGACACUGGAUCGGAGGCUUCUCUGGCAUCGGUGCAGGAAUCGAUAGCUUUUUUGAAUAUGCCCUCAAGACCCAUAUCUUGCUUUCGGGCCACGAGUUGCCAAACUUGACAAUCCCUCAUACGGCCCCCUAUGGUAGCUGGCUCGACCCCAACCAGCUGUACCAGCCACUUUCAGAGCAAGACAACUCCCCUGAUUCGUUUCUCGACGCGUGGCACCACGCUCACGCUGCUAUCAAACGACAUCUCUACUCCGGGGUGCAUCACCCACAUUACGUCAAUGCGCAUAUAUCCACCGGCUCCCCCCAGGCAUACUGGAUCGACAGCUUAGGCGCGUAUUACUCUGGCCUGUUAGCACUCGCUGGUGAGCUAGACGAAGCCAUCGAAACUCAUUUGCUAUAUACGGCAUUGUGGACUCGGUACUCGGCUUUGCCGGAGCGUUGGUCUGUUCGUGAUGGCACUGUCGAGGGCGGCCUUGGAUGGUGGCCUGGCCGACCUGAGUUUAUCGAGUCCACGUAUCACCUGUAUCGUGCUACUCGAGACCCCUGGUAUUUAUAUUCUGGCGAGAUGGUUCUGCGAGACAUCAUCAGGCGUUGUCGGACGGAGUGUGGCUGGUCUGGCCUCCAAGACGUACGCACGGGUGAGAUGAGUGACCGCAUGGAGAGCUUUUUCUUAGGAGAGACGGCGAAAUACCUCUAUCUGCUGUUUGAUUCUGAACAUCCUCUGAACAAUCUUGACGCCGCUUACGUCUUUACUACGGAAGGGCACCCAUUGAUCAUCCCUCACAAGAAUGUAGGCCAGCGACCUCGAAAGCCACCGGUCGAGAAGGCGGUUCAACCCCACUACAAGGACAACUUCACAAAUACCUGUCCCGUACCUCCGGUUCUUCCACCACUGUCCGGCUCGGCGACCGCUGCGAGACCAGACCUGUACAACGCAGCGACCUUGAUCCGGCUUCAUCAGGUGCCCAAUAUUCACAGUGAUUCAGAUAUCACUGCACAGCUAGAGCAAUCUGGCUCGAGGGAGAAGCAGGCGAACAAGCCCAGAGAAAACCACACAUAUUUCCCCUGGACGCUACCACCGUCUAUGUUACCGAGUGACGGAGUUUGCUCUGUUUCGAAACAGGUACAUACUUCGGUGAUCGAGUUUCCCUCAAAUACCCAGCAGUCCGUAGGGAGUGCUUUCAACCUCAUGUUUGGUGGGCACAACCUUGUCCGUAUGGGAAGCGAAGGCAUUGCGAUCAACAGUCUCUCUGGUUUGAAGCUUGCCCUUGUUAUGGAAGAACCGCCCGAAACGUCCGAAAGAGCUUGGCGUAUCAGCAGCAUUGGGAACUUGGUGUUGGGGAGAGAUGAGAAGGUCUUCAUCACUCGCGAUGUGCUCGCAGACAUUGCGGAUCCCUUGUUCCACCGUGUGCGCGACUCGGUCCUUGUCGACAUCCUUCUACAAACCAAAGCUCGGGAACCGGUGCAGGACCACAACUUGACAUCGGCGGUUCCAGAGCCUUCUCUGGAGUCACAGCCCACCAUCGAUAUCCAGGAGGCUAGUCUCAGUGCUACGAACUUAUUCAACUCGCUCUUACACCAAAUCACAUCCGCUUUGCGCGAACCAGCCACAACUGUCGGCCCCGAACCGGCACCCAAACCAGAUUACUUAUAUACAGAAAUGCCGGCAAUCACUCCUGUCGGCGUUGGCGUCGCCCCGCUUCCAGAUGUUCGCGAAGCCCCCAACCCACAUAGGAACCCGCAGGUUGAGUCGCUCUCCUGGAAGCUGAUCUACUUUGCUGACCAGGCUUGUGAGGCCAAGCUACCCGACAUCGCCGCCAAGAAUCAUCACGUAAUCGUGAUGCGCCGUGGCGGGUGUUCGUUCUCGGAGAAGCUGGCCAACAUCCCCUCUUUCGCACCACACAGGAACGCGCUACAGCUCGUCAUCGUCGUGUCGGACGACAGAGACGCACUGAGCGAGGGCGAGGAGGACACCUGGGGCUUCAACUUCAUCCGGCCGCUCCUCGACGAGCCCCAGAGGACCCGCGCCGGUGUAACGAGACACCACCCGAUCUCCAUGCUGAUGGUGGGUGGCGGGGAGGACGCGUACGAGCUGCUGAAGACGGCCAAGAGCCUGGGCUUGCGGAGGAGAUACCAUGUCGAGAGCCAGGGGCUGAACAUCAACAACCUGGUUGUGCUGUGA